GUUGCCAUCCGUAAAGCCGUGUCUGCUGACCCAAUGCGCAUCGAUUCCAUCCGACAAUUCGCCUGGAAACGUUCUUGUCAGGACUCAGGGAACUGUUCGUCAGAGGAACGGACAAUUGUCGGGUGCUUCGCGUAAUGAGCAAACAAUAUAAGAGCUCCAAUGGACGGCCAUAUGGGAUUUGUUCGCGGAUGGUUGGUUACUAUGGCCGGACACAAAGUGCUUCGGGCUGCAGCUUGCGCGCUGUCUGCAGCGACGGUGGUAUCUGGUCAACUGUACUGGAACUCAACAAAGUUCUUGUUCGCGUUCGGCGAUUCCUACACCACAGAUGGAUUCAAUAUUUCCAUGGGCGUGAACUCCACGGACCCUGGUUACACCUCGUCGAACGGCCCUAACUGGGUUGAGUAUCUGGGCGGAACAUACAAUGUCACAGAAACCAAGGUGUUCAACUUAGCAUCCGGAGGUGCAACGAUUGACGCUGCGCUCGUGGCUCCUUACGAGCCAACGGUUUUAUCUAUCGUUGACCAAGUGACACAGUUCCAAGAGUAUCUAGCUUCGAAGCCAUAUGGCGCGCAGUGGGAUAGUUCCGACAGCUUGUUCGCUAUCUGGAUUGGAAUCAACGAUGUGGGAAACUCUUACGCUUGGACUAAUGUCACAUCGCAGUCUGCGUUCCACACCGUUCUGAUGAACCGUCUGUUUAGUCAGGUGGACAUUUUGUACAGCGAUGGUGCUCGCAACUUCCUGUUCUUGACUGUUCCACCCACGAACCGCGCGCCCCUCUUGAUUGAGGCAGGGCCCACUGCCGUUGCGCAGAUUAUAGCAGCCCUGGCGGACUACAAUGAUCAGCUAACGGCGUUUGCCGGCCUGUUCCAGGCGACACAUAGCGGGGCUAGCGUUACUAUCUUCGAUACGCGUCCCGUCUUCAACACCUUGCUGGACAAUUAUGCCACUUUCGGCUACGUGAAUAUUACGGGUUACUGCGCAGCAUAUGAGAACGGCACACCAGAAAUGACAACGCAGGAGCUCCCAUGCGAACCUGUGUCCAGCUACUUCUGGCUGAAUACGCUGCAUCCGCUGUACACCGUUCACAACAUAGUAGCGCAUGCGAUUUCAACGAUUCUCAACGCCUAAUGGCGGGAUCGGGUGGGUCUUGGUGAUGUGGGCUGUGCGAGAAACACGGACGGAGCACAAGUGCCUCAUGUGUACGCACGACGACGA